AUGUCCUCCGAUUUGGCAUCUCAUUGUUCCGAAGCGAGGGUUCGUAGGGCCACCAUAACCCCCCAGACUGUUGCCAACCUCUUACAUUUCUAUUUGGCACGUGAGAAGCUCACAGCAGCUAGUCGUGUCUCGGCGCUACUGGCCGGUUUCUCUCUGGUUGCCAUAAUUGAACUCGACACCUCAGUUGGACUGAAUGCACCUCAGAUACUGUUGGCGGUGUUUACGACAGUUAGCUGUUUGACAAUCGUCUGUCUCACCCUAUCGUUGAUGAUCAGCUCAUGUAUCGAACCGCAUAUCGAUUGCUAUGCUGGGCUGUUCAGCUACUUACCCUCCGAGGAACCACCGCAUAUUCGAUUUCGAAUAAUAAUCGAAGUGGCCUGGGUAUUCGGUACUCUGAUUGGAAUGUCUCUAUUCCUUGCUGUGAUGCUACGGGCUUGUUGGGUCAAGUUUUGGUAUAACAAUACUAUUUCGUUGAUCACUAGCGCCGUGGUCAUCGUUCCUGCUAUGAUUUUGUUCAUAGCGUUCAGUGCCAUGUUCAACCGAACCCUUACACACUAUGCUGUGGAACACUCAAAACGAAUUAUCGAUUACUUGGAACCACGGCUGAGUUUGUUGGAAUCCGGUCUGUUAACUCAUGAUACUAAUAAGGAAGAUGACGAGUUUUCGGAAUUCUGA